UAGCCCAACAAAACUCAAUCGAGUGAAUAGACAAUAUCCCUACCCCUUCUUCUCCGCUUCUCCGCUCUCCUUCUCGACCAGGACCAGGACCAGGACCAGACGAGUACAGACGAUCACUCUCCGUCUCGCCUUCUGCAGUCCGCCGGUUUCCGCCCUAGUCUCUCGUCUCUCGUAUCUCACCGCCUCACGGCCUACGCCUUCACUCCUCAAAUCCUCAGACGGUCAGACCUCAGAACAACCCUGCAGAUCAUUGUUCAGUAUGGGAAAAGCCAGGCCACGUGAAGAUGCAUCUACAAAAGCUGAUCGCAAAUUCGAGAAGAAAGUGCAGUUUUAUACUAAGGUUAGAGACACAGUUGCUUCAUUGAGUGCUCAGAAGGCCAUCACAAAGAAGACAAAGGUCCAAAGGAGGAAGAAGAAAUUGCAGGCGUACAAUCUAUCUUCUCUUUCAGAGUUCCUACCUGAGUUGGAAGCUCAUCAAAAACCAAAAGCAGAACUUAAAUUAAACAGAAAAACCAAGCAAAAGCUAGUGCUAAAGGAAGGCGAUCAGCUGCGGGCUGUCAUUGGCCAUCCUGCUUUUCAGUCAAAUCCCCUGCAAGCCAUUUUUCAACAUUUGCAGGGCACGCAGCCCCUGGACAACAAGAAGCCAAAACGGGACAGAAAGAAGGGGAAAGGAAAAAAGAAAAAAUCCAAGCCUCAGUUAAUGGAGACCUGAUCUACAGCCUCAUGUUUUGUUUUUCAGAGCAAUGCCAAUGUGCAAUCCUUUUGAUAUUUUCUAUAUUUUGACCUGUGAAAUUUUCUUCUCAUUUUGCUCUGUAAAGAUUGUUAUACUACAAAAUACUACAAAACAGCUUUAUGGUUCUA